AUGACUCCAAGACGUCGUCGAUUCGAGUUCUCCUUCCGCAAGAGACACAGCGGUCCCUCUACGUCCUCUUCGAGUACCUCCCCCACGGUUCCUGUGCUCCAAUCGCCCAUGGCAUUCCAAGCGCUUGGUGCGAGAACCAUCUCCGAGGCGACCUUGAAGCAGAAGAAUAAGCUGGAUAGGGCGCCUGUCAGGCCUUCCAUGUUCCUCGAGGAGAAGGACGACGAUGAACAUCCGAUGUAUCCCAUCAAGCCCGGUGCGCCUGCCGAUGUGAAGCCGACUCAUCUCGAACGGAAGAGUAUCGAAGGAGAGUCUGUGCUGCGUCCCAAAAGUCAAUACUUUGAGGAGAUGUUCAACAUCAGGGGUCUGGUGACCUCCCCGAGGACUCGGAUUACUCACGAAUCCGUGACUGUCGUUGAGGUCAAGAUCAAUACCAGGGUCAAGGACGAUGACACACUGGCGUCGACGAUCUCAACCAAGAUGGCACAGAUUCUUGAAAAGCCCGAGGUCUUCAUCAUGACCACAAUUCAGCAAGAUGCUUGUGUUUACUUCGGGAACUCAAACACACCGGCGUACCUGAUGAAGGUGUUUGCAUUGCCGUUUCUCAUAGCGCCUAUUAUGAAUCUCCGCAGCACCAUCUUGAUUCAGAUUGAGCUCCAGAAGAUCCUAAACAUCGCGCCGAACCGCGGCAUCAUCUUAUACAUUCCGAUGCCGGAAGAGAACCUCGCAACCAAUGGAGUGACUGUGAUGGGUCAGCUGGCAAACCUGGAGCGUGGCACGGGGAUUUUUAGAACUAUCUCUCGAACUGUGAGCCGAAAGUUGAAAUCCGGUAGCACCCAGAGUGCUCCGAUCUCCGUGGCCACAACAUCCUCGUGGAAUUUCAGUGAUAAGAAGUCGCCAGCAUCAAUGACCGAGAAUCAGUCUCACGAGAGCGAGGGCUCUAAAGAGAGGAAGAACGGCACUGAUUCGUAA